AUGCGAAAGGAAGAACCUCUUCUGAGCCGAGUCUGGGUCCUGCAAGAACGUAUACUAGCGCCCCGCACAAUACAGUUUGCUAGUUAUAAGAUGCUCUGGGAAUGCUCGGAGAAGACCAAUACCGAAGAUGGAUAUGAAGACUCAGUCCGUAGAGAGAUCUUUUUGGAAAGCAUUGCCCAUGGACUCAGGAGCUUUGUCAGGAACUUGGAAAACCCACCGCACAUUGACGAGACGAGACGAAGCCAUCGUUACGAUGACGUUAUGGCUUCUGAUCUAGCACAGAGGGCUUGGUUCGUCUUGAUUGAAGAAUACACAUCCCGGAACAUGUCCUUCCAAUCCGAUAAGCUUCCCGCACUCUCUGGUGUCAUCUCGGCGCUAGAAGAGCUGACUGGAGAUAUCUGUGUCGCUGGCAUAUGGAAACGCUGGUUCUUGCACGGCUUACUAUGGCGCUUGCAACAACCCGAAUGGGAUAUGUACGUCUUGUUUCCAAAGCCGCCACAGAGAGCUAUACCUUGGAGGGCUCCAACCUGGUCCUUCGCAUCCGUCGAGGGAGUCGUGAUAUACACACUUCUCGAAAACGAUCCUGGUAAGGGAGUGUGUGCAGAACUGCUAGACUGCGAUGUCACGCCCAAGGGAGUCAACCGACUUGGGGAGUUAACGAAAGGUUUUGUGAGGAUAAGAGCACCGGUCGCUGCUGUGUUCGACAUAGUGCCGCAGCAAUCAAGUGAAAGGAGAGAGUGUAAGGUUCGCAUGACAGAUGACAGGCUCGCAGAUGGGAGCGUGUACUUUGAUAUUGACGUGUACGAAUCUUGUGAAGUGGUCAUGAUCACUCCGCAUACUGGCAUUGCGGUCAAACCGGUGAACACUGAUGAAUCAACCUACAGGAGAGUGGGGGCGCUCUCUGUGUACAGAGUCAUCGAAUCGACGAGCAAGGAUUGCGAGGGCAAGAUUCUGGAUACGUUCCACCACGAUAAGUCGCUGACCGCGUCUCACUACCCAGAUUCAAAAACCAUCACCCUGCUUUGA